UGCAACACGAAAAAUGUUGCAGUUACGGUCUCCAUUUCGAUUUCGGUCAUUUGGAUGCUUCACCGCUCAAAAGAGCCAAGCGGGCUACGCGUACCGCUGUUCUCCCUCGGAGGAUGGCUACAUUUAGGAAAAACGUCGUUGGAAAUCCGUCGAAGGAAAACUGCUUUUGAGAAUGGGGUCAACAUGUUCAAUACUGCGGAGGGAUAUUGGAAUGGGAAGUCAGAGGAGGAAAUAGGAUGUGUAAUCAAGGAAGUAUCCCUUCGCCAUUUGGACUUUAUAAUAUCCACAAAACUUCAUCUUGGAACGCGGCGCGGUCCUAACAAUGGCGGGCUUUCAAGAAAACAAAUUUUCGAAGACAUGCAGGAGUCUCGGUAGACUUCAAAUGGACUACGUCAACAUGAUAUUCGCCCAUAGGCCUGAUCCAACUGUAAUGAUGGAAGAAAUUGUCCGCGCUUUCAACUAUGAGAUCGAGAAAGG